AUGCCUUCAGAACUCAACCCUCUCAUAAUCUCUGCUGAGAGCAUUGCUCUCUCGUCGCUAGUUUGCAGCAUACCGGCGCCACCAUCUGAUAAUAAUACUGAGUGCUUGCCAUCUUCUAAUAGGAAAUACACACUACCCCUCGAUACAGAGCGGCAGCUGGCCCGGACGCUAGCAUUUCUCUCCCACAGUAAGGAUGAUGUUAACCAUAUUCCGGCAGUGUGCCUCGAGGAAGACCAGGACACAGGCGGUCUUAAUGUGAUAUUUGCUGUAAACAGGACAAGUCAUAAGGAUGGAGGAGCUGCAAUGGCUCGUAUAAAAACUGGAUUUGACAGACUGUUUAGCACUCUCGCCAACCUAGGUCUAUUACCUGACCUAAAGAGGCUGGUUCUUGACGAUGUAAUCUGCAUGUGCUCGGGUCGUAUUCUGUCGAGAUUACGGCUGGCUCCGUCAAAAAGGAAACGAGACAGCAGGCCAUUCCGAGACUCUCUGCGGGAAGCCGUGCUGGCCGCGAAGAGGAUUUCCGACCAGAAACUGAGAGAAAGCAACAUGUUAGAGGUUCUGAAUCAAUUCGCAAUCAAAGCCCGGGACGCUGAGAAGCUCAUUGAUUCAUGGUCCCGACACCAGGUCCAGGCACGCUUAAUAGAGCUUGUGGAAGGCAUUUACCAGGUACAUCGUAUCCCACAGCUUCCCGCGUUGAUUCGCGCAAUACCCAACCGCGACUUGGAUCCCUGCUCGAAAGAAAGUGUUUUGAAUAUUGUUUCAAAAGUGUCCAGGUACCGUGAAUCUGCUAGAUUUCUAUACCGUACAGCAAAGGAUUGUGCGCUGGCUCGGAACAUGAGGGCUGUCCCUGUUCACCUUCCGCGGGAGGCAUAUGAUAUACCCUCGUUUAACGGAUAUGCUCCCAAUUUACGGAGCAGGAUAUUGGAAGCAAGUUCAAAGGGACAGCAGAAACGGCUCAUAAAUUCAAUUUGCUCAGUCUCGAAACUUACGGAGCAACAGGCCAUAGCCCAGUAUUCCCAACAGGUGCCCAAAACCCUAACGGAAGGCAAGAUCCACGCUGAAGUCCAAUUAAUCGCCUACUGCGAGCUACAAAAACCAAAAAUGUAUCCCCGCCUAGUGUGCUCGAGCAAGGAUGCCUGUUUCCUUUGCAAUAUGUUUCUCCUCGAGUACCACAAGAUAUUGGCACCUCGAUCCCAUGGGAAGUUGUAUCCCGGGUGGCGGCUACCUUGCCCACCACAAUUGACAGAGCUGGAGUUCGCAUUUUGCGAUACCCUGGGCAGCCACCUCCAACAGACGCUUUCCCAUCUCUUGUCAAAAAAGCAGUGGCCCGUUCACCCUUGCCCGAACGAGAGUACCUUGUUUACCCUCCCUUCAUUGAGCACCCCGGCAGCUUCCCUGUCAUCCAAGGCAGGCCAGGCAGCAGAGCCUAGAGCCCAAAACGAAGAGGGGCUCCUCCCAUCUCCUCAUCUAAGUACGACCUCCAUUAAUAGCGUCCACAGUGCUCCGGCGGCAAGGGAAGGGACUGAUUUAAGUGAUGGAAAUGGACUCCCGGAUGCCGUGGUUUAUUCACCCCGUCACAGGCUUCUCCGGCAUUAUACUUUAAUCAGCAAUUCAACAAUACAGGGACGCCUAUCCCUGGGGGAAUCAUCAACAUUUUACACAGCGGGGUCCAUUCACAUCCAGCUCGAGCACUCUACGGGCACAAAAAAUAUGCAGUACUGGUUGAAGCGGCUAGAUAUUGAAGAAGUCGCCAAGGCACAGGCCGCAGAUCCGCCUUCGGUCGUGCUUGAUGCGUUUCAACUUGAGACGCCAGUCACGAUAAGCGAUAGGAAUGUGCUUUAUCUCACCGCAAAAGAUACCGUGUUGGAAAUAGGCUGGCGCCCAGUGGCGAGUGAUUGA